AUGUUGUCUCCAGAUUUGGAAACUGAUACGACUGCGGAAGACACAUUGGCCAGCUCCCCGAAUGAGGAGGAGGACACGCCGAUGAGCCUGGAUGUUCGGGAAGAGCAGAGGCCGCUGAAGCAGUCGCUGAGCGCAUCCAUGUGCCGCGAGUCCCACUGGCGCUGCCUGCUGCUCUCCCUGCUCAUGUACAGCUGCCUGGGCGCCGUGGCCUGGUGCCAGCUGACCAGCGUCACCAAGCUCAGCUUCGACUCCUCCGCCACCUCCCUCACCGCCUCCAUCACCUCCCUGCGAGGAGGAGGAGGAGGAGGAGGAGGUGGCGCCGGAGGAGGAGGAGGAGGUGCCGGUGGAGGGGGUCGCUCCAUGAUCUACCAUGACAGCCCCUGCGCCGACGGCUACGUCUACAUCCCGCUGGCCUUCCUGAUGAUGCUCUACGCCGUCUACCUGGUGGAGUGCUGGCACUGCCAGGUGCGCGACGAGCUCCAGAGCAAGGCCGACGUGGACAGCGUGUACGAGCGGGUGCUGCGCAUGCGCCAGGCGCGGCCCUGCAUCUGGUGGAAAGCCAUCAGCUACCACUUUGUGCGCCGCACACGCCAGGUGACGCGCUACCGCAACGGCGACGCCUACACCACCACGCAGGUGUACCACGAGCGCGUCAACACGCACGUGGCCGAGGGCGAGUUCGACUACGGCCGCUGUGGCCUGCGCGACGUCUCGGCCGACCUCAAGGGCCUGGAGGGCCACGCGGCCACGCGGCUCCGCUUCACCAAGUGCUUCAGCUUCGCCGGCGCCGGGCCCGAGAACGCCUACCUCAACCAGCGCGCCCGCUUCUUCGCGGAGAUCGAGGGCCUGGACGACUACAUGGAGGCGCGGGAGGGCAUGCAGCUGAAGAAUGUGGACUUCAAGGAGCACCUGCUGGCCUACGUGGAUCUGGAGCGGCUGCCCUGGUACGCCUCCCACGUGGCCUUCUGGCUCGCCGCUCUGCUCAUGCUCUCCUGGCCCCUCCGGGUGCUCAUCGAGUACCGCACGGCCUACGUCAACUACCGCGUGGAGAAGCUCUUCGGCCUGGAGUACAGCAGCCCUUCCCUGGAGGAGGAGGAGGAGGAGGAGGCCCCCGUGCGGAACGGGACAGCAGCAGCAGGGGCCACCGCCGCCGCCGUCGUCACUUGCAGCCUUCCCAGGGCGGAGACUCUGGACAGCACGGAGCUGGAGUGGCACAUCCGCUCCAACCGGCAGCUCAUCCCCAGCUACUCGGAGGCCAUGCUGAUGAACCUGGGUGGUGGUGGUGGUGGUGGCGGUGGUGAUGGUGGUGGUGGUGGUGGCCCCACAGAGUGCCGCUCCUCCAACUGCCUGCUGAUGGACAGCCGGCCCGCGCUGAGCUAUGGCACGUUGGUGCAGGACUGCGAGCACUGCUGCCGGCUCCAGGGUAGUGGUGGUGGGGGCACGGAGGGUGGCGGGCGCACUAGACGGACAACUGUCCACAGCUCCAGCUGCUCGUCCAUCUUCUCGCGCCACGCCUUCCACUCGCGGCUGUCGCUGGACACCUCGCGCUUCUCGCUGUGCCGCAUGUACGGCUCGCAGCGCACGGUGGGUGGUGGCCUGUGGCGGAGUCGCAGCAGCACCAUGACUGAGCACUGUUGCCCCGACGAGCAGUGCUGCCGCUCCUACUCCAGUCAGCUGGUGCUCGAUGACAGCCCGCCCACUUACCGCGAUGCACGCUUCUUCCCCGUGCUCAUUGUUCAUCGGCCGGAGGGUUGCGCGGAGUCCGGCGAGGUCCGGCGGUACUAUGUGCGCCGCAGGUCUUGCUGCUUGGAAACCUCCCUUUGAUUGACACUUAUCUUAGACUGGAAUUUGACUGAAAAAAGCAAUCCCAAAGUUGGCUGGGUGAGUCCGUAAGUUCACAAAAUAUUGUAGAACUUCAUUGUGACAAGGAAGAACUGUGAGUGUGCAGACGUACACAGCGAAGGAAUUUGAGUUGUUCUGUUUCUGCCAAGGAAAUAAUAUGCCUGCUACACCAAUGGAAUCCAGACAGCCACAAUAAUCACCAAAUGCUAUUUAAUUUAAACCUAACUUGGAUUUUCUUUGUUUUGUUUGAUAGAACCAAAUGUACUUCCAAUGUGGAGCACUGUGGAGAAUAACUGGCCUCAUUUGUUAGCUUUCUCUAAGGGCUGGAUUUAUAACCAAGUAUUCAUAUCGAACAAAUAUUGAAGCAAGGGAA